CUCGCCACUGAAAGAGACUGUGCCUCCUCCCGGAAAAUCUGCUGCUGUUCAAGGGAAGUUGAAGAAAAAGUAACACAUCAGCACCUUCUUUUAUUCGGACUAUACCGAAGUUGUUGGACUUUUUUUUUCUUCUACGGUGUAUUUUUGGGUUGCAUGUGUGAAGAAGGAUUUCUAUUUACUGGAUAAUAGUAGCAAAAAAAGGCAAGCAAGAUAAGUUUUAAUUCGGUGCAAUAGGCAUCUACAGCCUCCAUCGGUCCCCCUAUGUAAUGCUCUCACAUGAGCCAGGCUUGAUGCGCCCGGAUACAUUUCUCCUCUCUUGCAGCACUGAUUCUGUCCUCCACUAAGUCACCCAUCUUUUAAUUUAACAUUUACAGAGGGACGCCCCGGACUGCCAUCUCCCCCCCAUUUUCUACAACUGCUUAAGACUGGUAGGUGGCCGAUGAAAAAUGCUUAUCCACAUUGUUGUAAGAUGAAGUUGGAGGCCCUGCAUCUACACAGAAUAACCGAGGACACAGCUUAGCAACUUUUAACAUCCCUCUCGUUUUCUUUUUUUUUUUUUUGAUCUUUUUCUUUUUUAUUGGUAGAAAUAGGUGUGCAGCCCGUUUGUAGCUGUUCAUGACGGAAACGAUGGCGCUGAGUGGAAACUGUAGGACUAACCCCAAAGAGCAAGCAUCAGUUCAGAACAGUUUCCCAGAUGUUGUUGAAUUAAACGUAGGGGGGCAGGUUUAUUACACGCGUCACUCAACUUUGGUGGGCACCCCAAAUUCAUUACUUUGUAAGCUAUUCUCCUCCAAAAAAGAUGCAUGUAAUGACUUGGCACGAGACCCAAAGGGCCGUUAUUUUAUCGACAGAGAUGGGUUUUUAUUCCGGUAUGUGUUGGACUACCUCCGAGACAAGCAAGUCGUCCUCCCGGACCACUUCCCGGAGAAAGGGAGGCUCAGGAAAGAGGCGGAGUACUUCCAGUUGCCCGACUUGGUGAAGCUCCUGACCCCUGACGAUAUCAAGCACAGCCCGGAUGACUACUUCCACAGCGACUAUGAAGACGGGUCGCAGGGCAGCGACCACCGGCAGUGUCCGCCUCCCUCUCUCGUCCCCGCGGACAGAAAGAGCGGCUUCAUCACGGUGGGGUACCGGGGGUCGUGCACCAUGGGCCGAGAGAGCCAAACCGACGCCAAGUUCAGGAGGGUGCCUCGGAUACUGAUAUGCGGGCGGGUGGCUCUCGCCAAAGAAGUUUUCGGGGAGACCCUGAAUGAGAGCCGGGACCCGGACAGAACCCCGGAUCGGUACACCUCCCGGUUUUACCUCAAGUUCAAGCACCUGGAGAGGUCUUUUGACAUGCUGUCGGAGUGUGGUUUCCAAAUGGUGGCCUGCAACUCGUCAGUCACUGCCUCGUUCGUCAACCAGCACACAGAAGACAAGAUCUGGUCCAGCUACACAGAAUACGUUUUUUACCGUGGUCCAUCACGUUGGUCCUCCCCUCCGUGUGAUUGCUGCUGCAAGAACCACAAGGGUGAUGGCGAGGGCGAAAGUGGCACCUCCUUCAACGAGCUCUCCACCUCCAGCUCUGAGAGUCAGUCAGAGGCAAGCUCUCCCCAGGGAACAGUCAUCUGCGGCCCAGUCAGCCGCCAGUCACAUCCCCACGCCAAUGUCCAAACCCUGGACAGACCGCUGAAAAAGGGCCCCAUCGCCAUGCUCCAGCAGUCUGAACAGCGACGGAAGAGUGACUUGCUACGCACGCUAACAGCAAGCUCCCGCGACACUAGCACCUGCAAGAAAAGGCCAGCGAAAGAGAAGCUGACGGUCGAGGAGGAGCUGGAGAAGUGCAUUCAAGAUUUCCGCAAGAUCAAGAUCCCGGAGAGGUUCCCUGAGAGGAAGUACAUGUGGCAGGCUGACCUGCUGAGAAAGUAUCGCCUUUGAGCCAGGCCACAGGACAGAGGGAGCAGACA